AUGGCGGCUGGGCGCUGCUGGAACAGCUGCCUCCACUGUUUCUUUGACUACGAGACGCCCAAAACCAUCGUCAUCUACAGCAAACCUGUCGGCUUCAUCUUCAGACUCACUCAGUUCCUCAUUAUCGCAUACGUGGUCGGGUAUGUGAUUCUUGUCCAGAAGGGUUACCAGGAGACUGAGAGUAUCAUCAGCUCUGUCAGCACCAAGGUGAAGGGAUACACCGUCACCAACAGCAGCGGCCUGGGACUACACGUAUGGGACGUCACCGAAUACGUAAUACCACCCCAGGGGGCCGAUUCUUUCUUUGUGCUCACUAACAUGAUCACCACGACGGGACAGAGGCAACAGGCAUGCGCUGAGGUGCCGUCCCCCUCCUCGAUCUGCCAGUCUGAUGCCGACUGCACUGCGGGACACAGCGAUGUGCGCGGCAACGGCAUCCAGACGGGUGUGUGUGUGGACUACUCUGAGAGUGUGAAGACGUGUGAGGUGCUGGCCUGGUGUCCCCAUGAGGACGACACAACAGUCCCAAGGCCUGCUCUGCUGGAGAGUGCCGAGAACUUCACUGUGCUGAUCAAGAACAGCGUGCGCUACCCCAAAUUCAGAUUCAGCAAGAGAAACAUCCUGUCCAACGUGACGUCUGCAUAUCUGAAGGGCUGCACCUAUGAUGCGUCUCACCAUCCCCACUGCCCCAUAUUCAGGCUGGGGGACAUGGUCACACACGCACAGGAGGACUUCGGCAGCUUGGCAGAAAAGGGGGGCAUCAUCGGCAUUUUGAUCGACUGGAGCUGCGACCUGGACUGGCCAGAGAAGUAUUGUGUUCCCAAGUACAGCUUUGUCAGGAUGGACAAUAAGAAUCCCUCCAACAACAUAGCUCCCGGAUACAACUUCAGGUUUGCAAAAUAUGUCAAUAACGGCACAGAGACAAGAACGCUGAUCAAAGGAUACGGAAUACGCUUUGACGUCAUCGUCUACGGCACAGCAGGAAAGUUUAGUUUGCUGAACACCGUAAUAAACCUCGGAGCUGCCCUGACCUUCCUCAGUUUGGUUGGUGCUGUGUGUGACUGGUUUCUAGUGACGUGCACUCCGCGUAAAGACUAUUACGCUCAGCAGAAAACGUCCCACCUUGACACAGAGGAGAGCACAGAGGCUAUGUCAAUGGGGAAGACCUAUGGGACUCCAUGACCUGAAGGAGGACAGCUGGAGCCAGAGGAGCAUGAGACCACCUCCACACAGGGUUGCCAGAUGAGACUGAU